UUUGCUUCGAGAGUUGCAGAAGAAAAUUUUCCGUCGAGAGAGAGAAUGGGAGAGAAAGUGAAGCUGGCGAUGUUGCUCGGCGGGGGAGCUAUUCUCGGCUCCGUCUCCACGCUCGCCCUCCUCAAGCUCCUGUCCAGGCGUGGACAGAAGUAUAUUAAGGAAGAUUUCAGCUUGCAAGGUGAUGGGCUUACACGUGACAUGACAAAGAAAGAUCACUCUUUAAAUGGAGAUCAUCAGAGAGUUGAUGUAGAUAUGCUGAAAGAUGAAAUAGUUUCCGAACAACUGACCAGGAACAUCCAGUUCUUUGGCUUGGACUCUCAACAGCAAGUGAUAAAAUCCUAUGUUGUGGUCAUUGGCCUCGGAGGAGUUGGUAGUCAUGCUGCAUCAAUGCUUCUGAGAUCAGGAGUUGGAAAACUGCUUCUUGUGGAUUUCGACCAGGUAUCACUAUCGUCACUUAAUCGACACGCAGUGGCAACAAGAGCUGAUGUUGGUACUCCAAAAGCCCACUGCCUGAAGAAGCAUUUCUCAUCAAUCUUCCCUGAGAGCAAUAUAGAGGCGAAAGUGCUGCUGUAUGAUGCAUCAACAGAAGAAGAAAUCCUUUCAGGCAAUCCUGAUUUUGUCUUGGACUGCAUUGAUAACAUUGACACUAAGGUUGCUCUUCUUGCUGCAUGUGUUCGUAGAGGACUGAAGGUUUUAUCUGCAACUGGAGCUGGUGCUAGAGCUGAUCCAACGAGAAUUCGCAUAGCUGAUUUAAGGGAGUCCACAAAUGAUCCAUUAUCUAGAGCUGUAAGACAUCGUUUGAGGAAGGACCAUGGCAUUGAAGGUGGUAUUCCUGUUGUGUUUUCCUUAGAGAAACCUAAGGUGAAGCUGCUUCCAUUCAGGGGGCCAAAUGGAGAAGAAGAAAAUCCUUCAGAUUAUCAAAUUGUGCCAGGUUUUAGGGUUCGUAUAAUCCCUGUUCUGGGCACCAUUCCUGCAAUUUUUGGACAGAUCAUGGCUUCCUUUGUGGUCACACAACUUGCAAGAUUUCAAGUUCAAACAGAGCCAGUGGUCAAUUUGGAUAUGGAUCAUUACAAGAUCCUUCAUCAACGGCUUAUUGAGCAUGAGGAGUCACUCUAUGGAACAGCUACACAUGUCCAGGUUGAUGUUGAAGAAGUGAUGUACGUGGUAAAAGAGUUAUGGCAUGGCCGCAGCGCAAGAGAACAGAUCGCAAAAGAUGUAGGACGUGCAAUGUGGAGAUCUAUUAAUGAGUUGAUGCUUGUGAGGUGGGAUCGAGCCCAACCAGCAUCAGUAGCCAAUCUGAUUCUACUAAAAUUUAAAGAGGCUGAUGAGCAUGAGCAGAGGACCCUUGACGAUAUACAAAAAGAGGAACCAGAGUUCUUCACAAGAGUGACAUCGGUGCUUAAGAGAGCCAGUGUGGAUUUCGGGUUGUAAUUUUCCAUUUGCACCCUGCUUAAUAAGAAGUUGUAUGACAUGGUUGUAGCAUCGUGCUUGGUGAAUUUUGUUCGGAUUCCUUCCUAGACGUUGAAUCUUUUGUAGAGCUUGGCAUUUGACUUCGUGAUAACGGGGAGCUUUCCUAUCCGGAUGCUGCCUCUUUUGCUCAUAUGCUGUUCCUUUCAUAGAACUCUGAAUUCUGUUACUGUAAAUUGAUUUUGUUGCAGUUGAUAAUAGAUUCAUUCCUUCCUA